GAUAAUGGGUGGCAUUCCCAUUCUAUUAUGGUGGGGAAAAGAUACAUCAGUCAUAGACAGGCUAAUUUGCCGACGUUAUCACUGGUGGUGGACCCAACGACAUGCCGAUGCUGCCCACUAAGUUCACAGACCAGCUACAUUCAUCGGGGCUAAUACCUAGAGAUCCAGAGCCAAGAAAAGUGUUCACAAGAAGAUAUACGUACCGUGGUCGGGAUGAAUGGUACGAGAAGCUGAUGCACGAUUAUUUUCUUCCUGGCUGUGUGUUCUCUGAUGAAAAUUUCCAAGGCCGAUUCCGCAUGCCCAGACAUUUGGUGCUAAAGAUUAUUGGUGAGCUUUGUCAGGUAUAUUUCGCUAUCAACGGGAAUCACUACAUUCAUGGUUAUUAUCUUGCAGAUGGAAUUUAUCCAAAAUGGUAAACUUUAGUUCAAUGUCCACCUGCCGAUGAAAUGGGUCGUUCAUACUCGUAUUUCAAUAGUAAACAAAUGAAUCUGAGAAAGGAUGUGGAACGAGCUUUUGGAAUUCUGAAGCGGAAGUUCGCAAUCAUUUGUGGGCCUUAUCAUGGUCUAAGUGCUCGUGAAAUGCAUAAGACUAUGUUGACUUGCAUCAUUAUGCAUAACAUGGUUAUCCAGGAGACUCGUCGUAAUAAGAAUUGGACUAACCAUCAAGAUGAAGACUUAAGGCCUGAGAUUAUACCAGCAAGAGGAUUACGUGCAAGGAACUAUGCGCAAAUGACCAGCAAUAUUGAGAACAGAACUCUGUAUAACAUGUAAAGGGAAGAUCUCAGAGCGAAUUUGUGGGUUGAGUUUGGAAGAGAUGAGGGACGAAUUGAGUAGUGUUGUUUCAUUUGUUUUUUUUAUUAUUAUUAUUGUUUCAUUUUUAUUUUUUUAAAUUGUUUAAGUUUCAUUUGUUGUUCCAUAAUUUUUUUUGGUAGCUGUUUUAAGUUUAAAUUUUGUAACAGUCAUUAAAAU